GCGGACGCUGUGCUGCCGAGCGCUGGUUUGUGCCGAGCGACGGCUGCCGAGACUGCAGGGGGAUGCGUGGGUAAGGUGGGGGUCGUUCGAUUCGGUUUCGUUCCGUGCUUGCGGUUUUCCGCGUCUUCUGUGUUUUGUCACUUUCCAGUGUGCUCUCCCGUGGGAAUUCUCACGGUCGUCCGUGAAAAUUUUCGUGGCCGGACUCAGUGUGUGUGCGCUGCAGGAGCCGAUCCUGGGUGGGAGCCGGGAGCUUCAGGACGAGCUUGAUGCGGUGAUUGCCUUAGGAGCCCGGCGAGAGGGCUGCUCAGGCAGCGAUGGAGCCCUGGGGCCCGUGUACCCUGCUUUGAGGCAACCGCGCUGCCUUCUGGUCUGCUAGUGUUUGAGUAGCUGGUAACUGGAGCCCUGGCUCCUGGUCAAACACUGGCCUGCGAGAGGAGAAAAACUCCAAAGAGUAGGUGAAAACGGGAAAAUGAAUUUUUUUUACGUUUUGGUCCAAAGUGGGAACACAGUUUCCUCCAUCGGCGUUUGCUAAGCGGUGUUGACAAUAGAGGGAGCUGCGGGAGAGCCGGGAGAUCCCGUAGGUAUGUCUGAUGUCACCUGAUGUCACCUGAGCUGGGACAGAGCCUUGGUGCUGGCCUUGCUGGCCCCAGAGACAGGUGUUCAGGGCAUUUCCUUUCCCCGUAUUAUAUUUACUGUAUAGAGGUGGAGUUUAAAACAACAACAACAACAAAAAGGAUUUUUUAAAAGAAAAUCUAAUCCUAAUUCCGUUCCUAUUGCCCAUUUACAUAACUAUUGGGAUUCUUUGCAGAUGUGAGGCCUGAUCGGAGGUUUGGCCUGUGCUUGGGACUGUGGAUAUGGUAAGAACAGGUGACUAACAGUUCAACGGAUUGGUGCUGUAAAGAGGUUUGGGGGCAGAAGCCUGGGUUUCUGCAGCCUCAUCUAGUAAAACUAUUGAAGAGACCAGUGAGGAGGAAGAGCACAGAAGGGUUGCCUGUGUUCACACGGUGCCUUUGAACUGCCUGGAACAGUUCCAGGGGCUGUGGCGCUCUCUUCUGGCCUCCAGGGCCCUGCUUGAACCGACAACACACAGAGAGACACGUGCGGGCGCACGCGCACACAAACACACACACAAUUUUACAUUUUUUGAAUAAGAAGAAUAAAGCUUUUAAAUUUCUUUCUCUACUUUUUCCAACUAAUCCCCAAUGGUGGUUUAAAAGAAAAUGACCCGAAAGCAAUGUCACUAUUAAGAGGUGUGGCUUUCUUGGAGUAGAUGUGGUCUUGAAGGAAGUGUGUCACUGUAGAGGUGGGCUUUGAGGUCUUUUUUUUUUUUUCUUUAUGCUCAAGCUUCCCUCAGUAUGACACUGAGAUCACUUCCUGUUGCCUUCUGAUCAAGAUGUAGCCAGCACCAUGUCUGCCUGCAGACUACCAUCCUCCCCACCAUGAUGAUAAUGGACUAAACCACUGAGCUGUAAGCAGACACCUCCAUUAAAUGUUUUCAUCAAUAAGAGUUGCCGUGGUCAUGGUGUCCUUUACAGCAAUAGAAACCUAACUAAGACACCGGCUUCUUUAAAAAAAAAAAAACAAAAAACAAAACAAAACUAAGGAAAAAACAAAAAGCAGAAGAUGGUUACAUUAAGCAGAAAAGAAGUAAAAUGACCCCAUGCCUGUCUCUGGUGUUCUGAUUUGGAGUCUAGGUCUAGAAAUGGUAGCUGUGCGUUACAGUAGCCAAGCAGGGUGUGGUGCACACUACUGUCCUGCAGUCUUAGCGCUGUAGAGGCAGAGGCUGCAGGAUCACUGCACAUCGACAGCCAGGCUGGGGAUGAAAUAGGUUAGGAAUUGGAACAGAGGAAAAGUCAGAGCCAAAGUGAAGAAGACAUACACACUGUUUUUUAAGGAAAAACAGCUCUGUGUGUGUGUUUUGUUUUUAAGACUUAUUUUAUGUAUAUGAGUGUUUGACUGCGUGUAUAUAGGUAUGCCAAGUGUGUUUCCCUGGAAGUAGGGUUACAGGGGGUUGUGAGCCACACAUAGGUGCUGAACCCGAGACAUCUGCAAGAGCAACAGUCGCUCUUAACUGUUGAGCCCCGUUUCUUUUCCUUCCUUCCUUCCUUCCUUCCUUCCUUCCUUCCUUCCUUCCUUCCUUCCUUCCUUCCUUCCUUCCUUCCUUUCGCUGAGGUAUCCUAUGUACCCCAGGAUAGCCUGCAGCUCAGUUUGUAGACCAGUCUAACCUCAGCUGUGGUUGUGCGGCCCCUGCCUCUGGAGUGCUGGGGUUGUAGGUCUACAAAUGCAGUUUGGUUUAAACCGCACCUGUGCUGAAGAUCCUUCAUGGCUGAUGAACUGGGAAGUCCUAGAGAGGCUGUAGAGAGGGUGUAUAUUACAGUAUGCAGUCUGACUGUCUUUAGCUGUCUUCUGUUCUCUCAACAGUUAGUCAAUAUCCACCUAUGGAUUUUACCUAAGCCGCCCACUAGUUUUCGACACCUGAAAAACUAGGAAUGUCAUCAGAGAGCAUGUGAGGCCUGGUAUAGAGAUUUUCCCACCUUAUUGUAAUCUGCCUCUCUGACGGUGCCACCACAUUUUUUGGUAUUGUUUUGGUGUGUGUGUUAUGCACAUGUUUAUUUGACUGUGGUUACAUCUAUGUGUACAGGUGAUCAUGGAAGCCAGAGGAUAAAAUCCAGUCUUUUCCUCAAGCCCUCCCUAUCUGACUUUUUGAGACAGGGUCUCUGUUAUCUGUGUGUGUGUGUCUGUGUCUCUGUGUGUGUCUCUGUGUGUGUCUCUGUGUGUGUCUCUGUGUGUGUCUGUGUGUGUGUCUUUGUCUGUGUGUCUCUGUGUGUGUCUGUGUGUAUGUGUUGUGUGGGCACAAUGUAGGACCAUGUACAUGCAUAGGUCAGAGGACAACUAUCAGAAAUUAGUUCUUUCUUUCUGCCAGGCUUGCCCCAGGUGUCAAACUAUCACACUCAUGUUGUCAGGCUUGUUGGCAAGCACCUUUACCCUCUAAGGUUCUCAACCUUCCUGAUGCUGCGACCCUUCCAUACAGUUUCUCAUGUUGUGGUGACCCCCAACCAUAAAAUUAUUUCACUGCCGUUUCAUAACUAAUUUUGCUACUGUUAUGAAUCAUGUUAAGUAUAUGAUAUGCGAACCCCAAUGGGAUUGCGAUCCACAUAUUGAGCAUUGUUGCCCCAAGGUAUAUUUUGGCUCACACCAAUGUACUUUAGAAGUGCUUUGGUUUAUGGUUUCAUUCUGUUCUCUUACUACAAAAAUUCCAUAGAGCAUGGUAUUUGGACAACUUGAAUCUACACUGCCAGGCUACUGGAACACUUGGCUCCAGAACAAAUUGUUUCUCCACCCUUCGAAGUGUGAGCUGUUCCUGUGAAGCUGGCCUUAGGGGUGAAUGACAGAAGUAGCUUCUACUAGCUUAUUUCAGUGUUGUUUCCAAGCCAGACUUCUAGACUUGGUAGAGCACACAUGCAUUCCCUGCACUGUUAUAUAGCAAGUUCAAGGCCAGCCAGGUCUACAUGAGACCCUACCUCAAAAAGAAAGAAAACAACAUCAAUGUUGCUUCCAUGGUGGGGUCUGUUAUUUGAACCCCUGUGUUAUGAGUUAUUUGUGGUUAUGUGGAAACAAAGAAGUAACACUCUGAGGGGAAAUUAUUGGCUCUCAAGGUGGCCAUAAUUUCAGUGUCCUGGGCAUGUCAGUGGUUGGGAAGCAGUCCUGUAGCCAGUCUUUGGAGGUCACUGAAAGGCAUUGGUCUGAGUGGCUGCAUCAGGAAAGACAUGCAUCGUCAGCCAGAGGGCUCUUGGUACCUGUAUGUGACAAGCUGAUGGAGCAGUCACUGACCUCAAGGCCAUCCUGGAGUAUAUAGUGAGUUCAAAUAAAACAAAAUAAAAUGGGGCAAAAUUAAGAAAAGGAAAGGGUAGGCUUUCAAAAUAGAGGUCCUGGUCCUUGUAUAUGCCUAUACAUUCUUUGCUAUUGUAGGCAUAAACUACAGAGAUAUAUCAGAAGAGAACAGGCUGUGCGGUGCAAUGCUGAGUUUGAAUACUGUCUAGAAACAAGAAAACACAAACUGGGGCACUGUGUCAUUUUGUGUAAGUCAGAUAUAUACCGAUCCCCUUCUCUUCUAUUUGAUGACCUUGGGUUGUAUUAAGGAAUAUAGCACAGCCUCAUUUGCCUCCUCUUAAAACACCAAGUGUAGGAGUGCCUCUGGCGUACAGCUGGAAGAGAGUUUGGGAAAUAAGCUGAUAACUAGCUAAUAUUUCUUCAUCUUGUGAACUGCCCAGCUGAAGAGCCUCAUCCUGCAUCAAAUUCCCACUGCCACUGGCAACACCUCAUCUUUGCUUUACAUCACCUUCCUUAAUACCUUUCUGUGGUCGCAGUCAAGAGGUGAGGGGAAGAACUGGACAUUUCUGGGCUUUUCUUGCUCUGCAGUACAUACACAGUGACCUUCAGGUAGGGCCUUCAACUCUUUGUGAGCAAAUGUUGGGUGAGUGAUGGUAUGGUCAUGAACUUUCCAGGAUUUUCUGGUAUCUUUCCAAACCUCUAGGUGAGGCUGAUCACUGCGCUGCAACUCUAUGUGGAUUCCCCCACAUGCCGAAGUUUCUUCAGAAUCCUGAGAAAAUCAGAGGCAGACCAAGAGUAGAAGCCACAAAGAACAUGCCUACUGACAUGAGUUUCUGCCAGAUGCCCCAGAGGUUAGGAGCAGAAGAGCAGAAUGGAUUGUGUGAGAGAUUGGUGUCCUUUGAGGAUGUGACUGUGGACUUCAGCCAGGAGGAGUGGCAGCACCUGGACUCCGCCCAGCGAUGCCUGUACCAGGAUGUGAUGCUGGAGAUCUACAGCCACCUCUUGGCAGUGGGUGAAUUGCAGCUUGACACACCACAUCAGCCAGUUUUUGUGAAAGCGUCAUUUCUAAAUGAUGCACCCAGUGAAGUCACAGGACAUGGUUCAUAUUGUAUCGUUCUGGAGAGACUGUGGCAGGAUGGCAGCAGUGCUGUGAAGACACAUCAGCAAAGCCAGGUCCCACCCGUCAGCCCUGGUGCUUGCCGAAGCCAGAAGCCACUGAACACAGACAGUGGUGGUGACUCUGGAGAAGCUGGAGAAUCUCUUCUCUCCGGACGCCACCUCAUUUCUACAAAAUGUGCACCUCCAAGGUGUUUCUCAUUUGCAAAAAGCUUGAAACCUAACCUUGAAGCAUAUAGUGACCAUCAAAGCAAUGCCACAGAGCAGGCUAGUGACAUUAUUGUAUCUCAUCAGUUUAUAACACAAGGCUCUUCUAACGGAGUGUGUACAAUACCUCUUCAGAGAGAGAAAUCAUACAAUGACAGUCAGCUUGGAAACAGUCUUUCUCCCAAUCCACCACUUACAGAGCAUGGAAUUCCUUUUCAAGACAAAGCAGUUGAAUAUACUGGAUGCGGGAAAGCCCUCACUGAUGAGUCGGCUUUCUGUCAACAACAAAUAACUAACAAUAUGGAGACAUCUUUCAUCUGUCACACAUGUGGGAAAACCUUUCUUCACAAGUCUCAGUUGGUCUCCCAUCCAGAAACUCAUAGAGAAGAGACACCUUAUGAAUGUCCUGAUUGUGCAAAAUCCCUGAGGGGUAUGUCCAGCCUGCACGUGCACCGUGAAGUCCACACAAAGGAAAAACGGUAUGAAUGCCAUGUGUGUGGGAAAUCAUUCAGUUAUACAUCGCACCUAAAGGUGCACCUUCGAACACACACUGGUGAAAAACCUUAUGCAUGUUCUGAAUGUGGGAAGGCCUUCAGCCAAAAGUCAGUCCUCACCAUACAUCAGAGAAUUCACACUGGGGAGAAGCCUUACACGUGCAGUGACUGCGGGAAAAUGUUUGUUUGUGCAUCAGAUCUGACAAAGCAUUGUCGAUUUCACACAGGGGAAAAGCCUUAUGAAUGCCCCGACUGUGGGAAAUCUUUUAGUAUUAAGUCUAACCUACUUGCCCAUCAUCGAAUCCACACCAGUGAGGGGCCUUACAAAUGCUUUGACUGUGGGGAAUCAUUCAGGAAAAUAUCCCAACUGAAGGUACAUCAUCAGAUUCACACUGAUGGUAGAUCUUUUGUGUGUUCUGACUGUGGAAUGGCCUUCAGCCAAAAGUCAGUUCUCAUCACACAUCAGAGAAUUCACACUGGGGACAAAUGUUACCCAUGCAGUGAUUGUGGGAAGUUGUUUCUUUAUGCUUCAGAUCUGAAGAAGCACUGUCGAGUUCACACAGGGGAGAAGCCUUACAAAUGCCAUGACUGUGGGAAAUCGUACAGUGUGAAAUCACACCUCCAUGUGCAUCAUCGAAUUCACACUGGUGAGAGACCUUUCAAAUGUGAUGACUGUGGGAAAUCCUUCAGAAGAAACUCUCACCUGCAAAUGCAUCAGCAAACUCACACUGGUGAGAAGCCCUACAAGUGCUCUGACUGUGGGAAGUCAUUCCGGAGAGCAUCCCACCUGAAGGUACAUCAUCGAAUUCACACUGGGGAGAAACCUUACGUGUGUUCUGAGUGUGGGAAGGCCUUCAACGAUAGGUCAGUUCUCAGCACACAUCAGAGAAUUCAUACUGGAGAAAAGCCCUACAUAUGCGGCGACUGUGGGAAAGCCAUGUCUUCUAAAGCCAACCUCAAAGAGCAUCAACGAAUUCACACAGGCGAGAAGCCGUAUGUGUGUGCGGAAUGUGGGCGGGCCUUCAGUGAUAAGUCUUCUUUCUAUAGACACUGUAAAAUUCACAGUAAGGAUAGACCUUUUGUCCAUAAGAAAGGUGAAAAGGGCUUCCUGCAGAAUUCACAAGUGACCACCUAUGAGCAAACUCACAGUGCAGAGAAACUAUAGUGACACUCUGUCUAUGGGAAAUCUGCCGUUGUUAUGGACCAGCUAAAGGUGUAUCGUCAAGGUCAUCCAUACUACCAUUACUGAAGCUGUGGGAUGCUGUUGGUGCACUAUCCACACCGUACUGGGAAGAGACAUUAUUCGUGUUGCAAAUGCAGAGAGUCCUUCAAAAUCAUGUCAUUUCAGUAGACUCAAGUGCUCAUACCAGACAGUCUUCCUCAAGACACCUGAUCAUAUAAAAGAAUUUAUUGUAGAGUCAGUUCCUCAUCCAUAGCCCUCAUCAAAAUAUUCUUGGUUUUCAUGAAAAAAUAUUUUAUCACAGACCUAAGUAGGACUAGGGAGAUAUCGCACUCAUUUGGUAAAUUCUUUGUCUUCUGGAUACUAGAGGCACACACAUACACACAUACAUGCCAUGGGUAACUACACAUAAUAUGUACACAAACCUAACUAUACAAGCCAUAGGUCAUAGUUUAAACAUAGAAAUAAUUAUAUGUGAGAGAAGUAUUAAUGAACUUGUAGGAAGAAGCACAAAUGUUUCCUUGCAUGAAGAAAUGCUGAUUAAUGAUCUGAGGUAAACCUUCUAUAGGUAAUGGUACAAAGUUUCUAGACUACAGGAAAGUUGGAAAUUACAUCAAUGGAUUCUCUGUU